GAAAGCAUAUGUCAGGCACUAUCGUUUUCAUGCGCAUGUUGGCAAUGUGACAUUUCCAUGGGGGUAGCAAAGUGUACCCGUAUAUUCAAAACCUACAAUGCAUUCAGUAUUCAUGUGACUAGGGAACAUAGGCAACAACGUUUGGAUGCACGAAAAGCACGCUUGAAAACAAGGGCAUGUUCAUGUAAUUCUGGUGCUUGUAAACUAAAUUUAAGUUGUCAGCUUUAGUCUUGCCUCCAAACAUUCCCAGACCAAGCAUCACUUUUGCUUCAUCUGAAGGCACACAUCGAUAAUGGAUUCACAGUCUCUUGCCCAUUUGUCCUCUGUGACAAAACAUACAAUGUUAAAUCAUUAUUUACUUAUCUUCUAUCAAGAUGCCACCCAAUCAUGCAUAUGUUACUCUUCUGGUAGUGCAAAUACUGAAACAUCUGAUCUGGAACAUUCAAAAACUCCAUGUACAGGCUCAACUUCUCCUGAGAGUUACGAUGAGGAGGAGAUAAUACAUACUGGUACAUGUACUGGAGAUGAAUUUGACGCACCUGAUAAUGAUGAUGAUGAAGAAGAGAAGGAUAACAUUGAACAGCUUUAUCUGCACAAUUUGGCAUUAUUUUAUUUGCGCCUUCAAACAAAAUACCAUGUCCCCGCUUCUACUAUUCAAAUUGUAAUCGAUGAACUCAAUAGCAUAAACAAAAUUCACGUUCAUCGUAGACAGUUCAUGAAAAGCAAGUUAGCCAGUGUAGGCUUAGACAGUGACCUAAUUUCACAGAUACUGUCAGAUGUAGAAAGCCAGGAUUUAUUUUCAGUCGCACACCAAAAGACAACAGGUCCUCUUCGUUCUGAUUUUUCACGAAAGGAAUUCUACAAAAGCAACAUGUCAUUCAUAGAGCCAGUUGCAAUACGGCUUGGUAUUGAUGAAAACAGUAAGCUUCACCACUACCACUAUGUUCCCAUCAAAAAGUCUAUAGAGACACUCUUCAAAGAUGAUGAGGUGCAAGAGCAGUAUCACAAUCCUUUGACUGGGAGAGAAAAUGUGUACUCUGAUUUUACUGACGGAACAGCAUACAAAAAUAAUGAACUGUUCUCACGUGUGCAAGGCUCUGUUAAGUUAAUCCUGUAUCAAGAUUCUUUUGAGAUCGUCAAUCCUCUGGGCUCCGCUAAAAAGAAGCACAAAAUAUUGGCGGUAUACUAUUCACUUGGAAACUUGCAUCCAUACAAUAGAUCCAAAAUAGACCCCAUCCAGCUUGUAAGUUUGUGCAAGGAAUCUGAUGUGCAGUAUUUUGGCCAAGAACGUUUCUUCUCUAGACUGGUAGCGGAUCUGAAGGACAUUGAAGACACUGGCUUGCACAUUGGAUUUGGUGCAAAAGUGAAAGGAUCUGUUGUAGCCUUUUUAGGUGAUAACCUAGGAAGCCAUUUUCUAGGUGGCUUCUUGGAGAAUUUCAGUGUGGAGUUGGACGAUAAAGCAAUAGCUUGCCAUGUGGAGUUGUACAGAGAGAGUGUACAGCAAGCAGUUUCUUCAAUCCCACAGCUGCUGUCAGGAAGCUUUGUUAGUAACAGCUGUGUGGUAUGUGGCACCCAGUAUUCCAGGGGGAUGCAUGUCAUCUUAGAAAAAGUAGACGGGAAUCUUAUUGUUGGAGAAGUUGAAAUGAUUAUAGUUUCUUCGUGCAACACCCCCUUCAUAGUCGUAAAACUCGGCAAGUGUGAAUAUGUUGCAAACAUUGGGCUGCAUAAACUCCUACCAAUGGACGAUGAACUUGUGAAGUGCGUGAGAAUAGACAAACUUUUAGAUUACAACCCACUUCAUGCAAACAACAUCAAAGGAGGAGAUACAAUAAUAGCAUUGAAGCAUUCAGUAGUUGGUGGACUUUAA